UACCUGUCUUCUCUUGUGUUAUUGACUUUAUUAAAUAACUAUUUCUUAAAAGUUCUAAUGAAAUUAUAAAAUAUAUCUAAAAAGCAAAUUACUUUAAAGAAACCAGACUACAAGUGAUUGAUAAGAAUCGUAAAGAAUUUUAUUAUGUUUUGAAUAAAUUAACCUAUAAAAUCUCCGAGUCCAAUUCGUGUCGAUAUUUUCCCGACAAACGUUAGUAACACAAAACGUAACAAUAGUGUCUCUCUGUUAUGUAACUAGUGAAUAAAUUGUUUACGUAAUUUCAUCACAAUCUGACGUUUUUAUCUUCAAUUAUCGUGUUGAAAAUGAGUGCUCUUUUAGUUGGACGCGCGAUAUCACGCCUGGAAACACUUUAUUUAAGUAAAGAAUCUGUCAGUAGCCUAUACAAAUCUAGUGCAGUAAGGUAUUUCUCGGCAACACAUAAUAGAAAUAUGAAAUUUGUACAGUUUACGUAUAAAAACAAACCGGAAGAGGUACGCGUUGGUUAUCUUGAAGGGAACAAUGUUGUGGACAUAAAUAAUGUGAAUUCAUCUCUCCCAACUUCUUUGUUGGGUAUUAUAAAGAAUGGAGCCAUAGAAAGAGUUCAAAAAUUGAAAUCAACAAACCCGGCUUCAGUACCUCUAUCAACUGUGACGUUGGCGGCUCCAAUCCACGGUAUAGAUAAAGUACUAUGCAUUGGACUGAAUUACAACGAUCAUUGCGUAGAACAGAACUUGACUCCGCCAGCUGUGCCAAUGAUCUUUAACAAGUUCCCUAGCGUUAUUGUCGGACCCAAUGAUCCAGUGAGACUAAGAACUGAUGUUACUAAGAAAGUAGACUGGGAAGUAGAACUGACUGUUGUGAUCGGUAAGAAGGCGAGCUUUGUUAAAGCAGCCGACGCUUAUGACUAUGUGUUGGGCUACACAGUUGCACAGGACGUGAGUGCCAGGGAUUGGCAGAAAGAAAAAAAUGGCGGCCAGUUUCUACUUGGCAAGUCGAUGGAUACUUUCUGCCCGAUUGGUCCUUGCAUCGUAACUAGCGACGAAAUAGGCGAUCCUCAGAACCUGGACAUCAAGUGCAGCGUGAACGGCGUACUGAAACAGACCAGCAAUACCAAUCAGCUAGUGCACAAAAUACCUGACGUCAUUGAACGAUUAACAUCGGUAAUGACUCUCCUCCCUGGUGACAUACUUCUCACUGGUACUCCUGGCGGAGUGGGCAUGUACCGAAGCCCUCCAGAGUACCUCAAGCCGGGUGACGUCAUCCUCAGUGAGAUACAGAAUAUUGGAGUGCUGGAAACUAGGAUUGAGAAGUUUUAAUUAUAUGUUUGUUUUAACAUUACAUUAUGUACAGGGCAUAUUAAGUGCAGUUGCACUAAACAACAUAUUUGUAUUAUAUUAACCAUUUGAUUGAAUUGGAUAUAUACAUGUGUAACCAGAUAUUUUUAUAGACUGGUCGGUUUUUUUAUAUAUCUAUUCUAUUAGUUACUAGCUAUGCCUGCAUCUUCGCCUUCGUAGAGUAGUAACUUUGUGUAGCAUUUAUAAUUAUUUAGGCUAAAUCCUUUCAUCGCCCCUUUCAACCCCAUUACAAUCCCUAUUUCUACAAUAUAACCUAUGUUAUGUAACCUACGUCCUUUCUCAGGCUCUAGACUACUACCUGUGUACCAAAGUUCAUUUAAAUCGGUAAUCAGUUCAGACAUAAAAACAUAACACAUAGAGUUGCUUUCGCAUUUAUAAUAUCUUCUAGAUAAGCAAUUUAAUUAAUUACAAUUCUUCGAAAUUUUAAAUUCAAACUAUUGCUUAUCUACUAGAUAAAACUGUGUUCAUAAUA